CUGUGGCUCUGGGCAGGACCAGCAACAAGUACUGCUCAGUGACUUCGGCUCAGGCAGCUCCAGUCAGCCCAGCCUUGGGCAACACACACUGACAUCACAGUGCCCACACAAGGGCAUCAUGGUGAUGCCUGAGCAUCUCCCACUGGAAUCCCCAGUCAGUGCCAGUGGAUUACCUGUGCCAGCAGGCAGGGCGAACAUUGGCUCGCUGCACGAAUGGCUGCACGUGCAACUUUUGGUCAAUGUGAGACCGGACACAUUGAAGUGGAGCUGUCUACAGCAGAAACAGCUUCUGCUUCUGAUCUGGAGGAGCUGGCCGAGGCCUCAUGCUCCGCUUCCACUGACCCAGCAGGACACGACCAAGCACCAGCUGUCCAUGCUGCUGGAACACCAAUUGUGGAAGUAAUGGACACAGAAAUGGUUCUGGAUGAAGAGGAAACGAAAGGUUUACCUGUGAAUUCCUCUGAGGAAAGCACUGGCCUAGCCAGUGUCUUCUCACCCCUCAGCUUCCCACAGAAACUCUGGGUACUAGCCGAAAGUGACCAAGUGAAGAGCAUUUGGUGGGGUCAUGGAGGAAACUGCCUCGUGAUUGAGGAAGAAGUGUUUAUGGUGGAAGUUCUGGCCGAGGAAGCGCCUGUGAGAGCAUUUGGGUGUACAAGCAUGAAAAGCUUUGUUCGCCAGCUCAACUACUAUGGCUUCACCAAAGUGCCCCGGGACCUGGAAAGAUCUCCAUCCCUUCCUGAGUUUCUGGCUGAGGAAGAACCGACUGCUACCCAUGGGAAGUUACUCUUCUACUCUUGCCCAUUCUUCAGGAGAGAUUACCCACAGCUGCUGGAGCACUGCAAGAGAAGAGCAGCCCAGAAGAGAAGAGCCGCCCAGAAGAGAAGAGCCAUGGCUACCCCUGGCCCUGCCCUGCAGGAGGCUCGGAAUGAGAGCCCCCAGAGGAGCAGCUCAGGUGCCCAGCCCAAGCAAGGAGUGGCUGCUGCACCAGAGAGGAGCCUGCAGGCAGCAGAGCUGCAAGGCACACAGGCAGUGCCACCCAUGGGGCCCCCGCCAGCCAAGCUCCCCAAGACAGACACUCCUGCGGCCCCAGCAGGCACUGCUCACAGCUUGCCAGGCCCUGCUGCAGCACCAGUGCCACAACAGUGCCAAGCUCUACCCCGCUCCAUGCUGCCACCGAGCAGCAGCCAGCUGCUGGCAGCCACUUGUGCUCCUUCACCUCAUGGCACUCUGCCCUUUGUGCUCCCCACUUUGACACCUGGCCCCCCUCAGGAGGAGCCCCCCCAGCCCCCAGAAACACCACAGCAGCAGGCUCCCUGGGCUGCCCUGCCUUUCCUUAGCUUCCGCUUCGCAAUGGCCAUGAGGGCAGCAGCCAUGAUGAUGCCAUCAGACUGGCAGCCCCGCACACCACCGCACUGCCCAACGUGCACCUGCAGCCAGCCCCAUGCAGACACAGGCCAUGGGACUGCUCCGUAGUGUGACCCACUGCAGGCAGUGCCGCAGCAGUGCCCACUUACACCUUCCUACCUUGUAGCUCAUAGGUGCAUAGUUCCAGAAAUAGCACGUUUCAUUAAGUAACCUCAGUUCUCCCGCCCCUUUGUUUAUGUAUUCAUCUGUUUAUUCAUUUAAUUCUUCCAGAAGUAAAACGUUUCAAUAAGCAGCUUUUGGAGUUGUCUUGUCCUUUUAGUCUAGGUUCAAGCAUUUUAACAGCUUUCAAGUCUGGUUCUACA